AGACACUGACGUUUGUUGACAAGGAAGCCAAACUUGUUCAAGCAUAUCAAAUGGUUUUCGAUUAAGUUAGAUUACACCUAACAUUCUACAACUUAUAUACAGUGCUAAUAUUUGAGGUUCAGGAUUUUAAAAAUGGAUGACACGCAGAACGAUGGCAGUGACUCAGAUUGGGACAGCACGCUAGAUUUUACCUCACAGAGACAUCCUGGCAUUGGUCAAUUGAAGCCAGGUAUCAACCUAGAGAUAGAAGAAGAAUCAGCUCUAUCUGAUGAAAGUGAUCUUGAUGUGGAAGACAACUUGCCAAAUGACAAACAAGUCAUUAAAAAUGAUUUAAAGCCAGUGGAAGAGAGGCCUAGAGCACCAUCACCAAAUAUUAGUAGCCAUAGUAAUCGGGGUAAUCAGAAAGAGAACAAUAUAGUACUGGCUCAAAAACAACAACAGAAACAGUCACAACAAGCUCACAGAACAGAGCAACCAGCCAAUCAGCAUGCACAGAAAACUGACAUACCAGAUCCUCCCCCAUACAACUUUAGAGAUGCUAUAACUGACAGUAGACAGACCCCUGAGCCAGCAGAGAGAGGUCCACCAGGUAAAGACAAGAAAGGAACAGCGUAUGACCCAGCCCCUAGUCCUACACCCAGGGGUAUACAGAAACAACAAGGCAGUAUAAGAAGUAUAGGAUCGUGGGAUGACUCUGAUCCUGAUGAAAGGACAUUGAGGGAAAUACGGACAAAUUACAGACAGGAAAAACAACGAGAAGAGCUGAAAGUCAAAGAAGAUUUUAUCCCAGAGGAGUAUGAAUCAUGCAAUGAGCUUAUUAGUGGAGAAACAUCUAUAGUGGAAGACCCCCCACAGACUGCAAGGUCAGAAACUACAUGGAGAAGUUGGAAGUUCGGCAAGAAAAAUAAAGGGCCAAAGAAUAACACACAGUCACAGGCAUCUGUUGUACAGGCAACCCCGAGGUUACGAGAUGCCCCCCAGCAGAGUGCCAGAUCGCAGACUCGUACUGUUCAAGGGGUAAAUGUAUCACAUAGAGGGGAAGUGACAUCACCAGCCAUGGUUGAAGUGUUUGAUCAGAGAUACAGUACAAGUCCACCAAUGCCUCAGAUCCAGUAUGUACAGUACCCCGCCCCUGCUGUAGCCCCACCUCCUGUACAGAAAGAGGAGGAGCUUCUAGAAGAUCCGCCUAGACUCUUUAUGAAAGAUGAAGACACUGGCAGAUAUGUUUAUUAUUUUGGUCAUGGUAAUUUACGAUAUUAUGAAGUAAAUGAAGAAUAUGAUGAGGCAAAGUUACCUCCUAUAGCUGAUAAAGUUGACCGGAUAGUUCAGAGAGUAUGGCAGGAAGUUUUCGCAGUCCUACGCAUAGUCCUCAGUAUCUUGAUCUGGUUUUGUGUAGAACUCUUCCGGUUUCUUGCCAAGCAUAUAUUCCAGCCGUUAAUUGUCGGGGUUUUUGUAACCCUCGGUGACUUUGUUAUUAAACCAUUCUUGUCAGCUAUGUUCAACGGCUUUGUUCAGCCAGGAAGCAUAUUCUUUUGGAAUGUUUUUACAGGAAUGCGUCACAUGUUUUCGCCUGUAGGAGAUAUUUUAAGAAAAGUGCUUGAACAGUUUGCGAUGUUAUUUCGGUCAGUAAGAUUGUUUGACAUCACAUGGGUGUCCGGACGUGAAAAUACACAUCAUUUACAACCUCAUGUGAUACAGACUGUUUGAUUAUACAGACCAGUCAAUAAAUAUACAACAAGGCAGUGAUUAUAGAGACCAGUC